AGUACAGUCCCAAAUUAUGUCCGGGUUAAAGCUGACAUGUGGGAAAGUAUGGAUACUUCCAUGAGUUAAAUAGAUAUUUGGCGUUAUUGCAUUUGAAAAGUACAAUGAGCUUGCUUCCUCGCACCGCGGGCGAGUUCAGUUCAGCUGAAUACUGGGAAAGGUUUUUCAAGAAGCGUGGAGAGAAGGCGUUUGAGUGGUAUGGAGAUUACAACAAACUGUGCGGAGUCCUCCACAAAUACAUCAAAGUGAAAGAUAAGGUGCUGGUGGUUGGAUGUGGAAAUUCGGAGCUGAGUGAACAGAUGUAUGAUGUUGGCUACAAACACCUAAUCAACAUUGACAUCAGUGAGACAGUAAUAAACCAUAUGAACCAAAGAAAUGCUGGGCACAGACCUGACCUGAGCUUCCAGCAGAUUGACGCAACCAAAACACCCUUUGAGGAUGGCAGUUUUCAGGCUGUUUUAGACAAGGGCACCCUAGAUGCCAUGGCAUCAGAGGAAGAGGGAGCACUGGCUUCAAGUAUGCUUACAGAGAUGAGUCGAGUGCUGAGUUUUGGGGGCAGAUAUGUCUGUAUCACAUUGGCCCAGGAGAGUGUCAUAAAGUUAGCUGUAGAGCACUUUGUUUCGCUCGGCUGGGCUGUGAGACUCCACUGUCUGCAGAAUGCCACUGACAGCCAAGAGGUCUUUGCUUUGCCUGUGUUUGUCCUGAUCUGCACCAAGUUUCGUCAACCAAUGCCUACGCCCAUUCUAGAGAUGUGUCUUGGGGAGGAUGGUGCACCGACUCGCUUCACUCAGGUUUCAGAGCUCCUGUCGACUGUGAGAGAACAUCAGGCCUAUUCUGUGCUGAGGAAAAGGCUUCGUACAGGCACAGACGUCAGUUCAAACGUCUCACUCACUCUUUGCCACGUAAAGACAGGCCUUCCCAGAUAUACUCUUACUGUUCAGGACUCUGCUCCUGGAGCCAAAGUGCCCAAAGCCAAUCACUUUGCUAUUUUUAUUGUACCACAGGGUAGUGAGACUGCUUGGCUUUAUAGUUCUGCAGAAGGCCACAAACAGUUGGCAGCCAGUGCAAACUUCAGACGAUUAGUAAUUGUUGCAAUGCACCGAAAUCAAGAGUAUGCCAGUAUGGAGGCAGUCCAGGCUGAGCUUUCACCCAUGGUAAUGGACUUGGCUCCUCCUGCUAUGCCCCACAACCACCAGGUGCCUUUUUUGUCAGCUACUGGUGACUUGGGUUGGCGUGAUGUGGUCAGCACAGGAGUCAGCAAGCUAAGUGGAGAGUAUUGUGUGGAGAAUGUCAGAGGAGAAGAUGGAGAACUGUAUCGAAGACUAGUGUUUUUAUCCAAUGCUGCUCUUAUCCAAUCAGAGAGCAAGCUUGUGUCACCAAAUACAACAGGCCACAAGAAAAAAGGCAAAAAGAAAGUCAAGCCAACAGUUCCUUCAACAGUGCCCUCCUCUUCACUGUCAGUGAACACAGGCUUUCUCUGCUGUGAACAUCAUAAACUAAUGGUCGCGGGUCUGUCCAUGCUUGGAAUUGAUACACAACCAAAAAAUUCAUCAGUGCUUUUGGUGGGACUUGGAGGUGGGGGCUUGCCUCAGUUUCUACGAGACUUUGUUCCCAGUGUUACAGUUGAAGUAGUUGAACUAGAUCCUGCUGUGUUAGAAGUAGCAAAGGAAUGGUUUGGAUUCAGACCUGAUGAGCACCUGACUGUAACUCUUGGAGAUGGCCUUGAACGUAUCACAGCUUAUGAAAAGGAAGGGCGCUUUUUUGAUGCCAUAAUGUUUGAUGUUGAUAAUAAAGAUAACACAGUUGGCAUGAGCUGCCCUCCUGCUUCAUUUGUUGAGGUCUCAAUUCUACAGAAAGUUUAUAGACUGCUAACUCCAACAGGAGUCUUUAUCUUGAAUCUUGUGUGUCGAGACACCCUCUUGAAGAAAAGCCUACUGGAGCGAUUGAAGAGCAUAUUUCCCACCAUUAUCUCUGGUGACGUUGAAGGAGAAGUCAACCAAGUACUACUGUGUCAUAAAGGAGACAAUCAGUCACCUGACACUACAAACAUUAUGGAGUCCCUAGGCCAAGCAGGCAAAAAGCUGCAGACCACACUGGUCUCUGAUAAGACUGGCAGCAACCACAGUCCAAAUAUAGACAUUUCAGAGCUAAUAAAAGAGAUGCAGAUUGCAUGAAAGUGUUUGAUAUCAGCAUGUGUUUAAUUAAUAUAUUUGGACAGAUUAAGAUACAUUGACUCUCAGAAUGUAUUUUCUCUUGUACAAAGUCAGUAAAGACAAUUUUAUUGAUUUGA